GGGUCCAGCUCUGGGUUGGGCUGGACUAGACUGGAUGGAAUUGUUCUGGGCAGUAGGGGUUAAGGGGACGGAGAAGAGAGGGUCGAGAAAGAAAAGCGAGAAGGAAAAAAAAAAAAGAAAUAGAAAAAAAAGAAAGAAAAAAGCAAAGCACAGCGAUUGGAAACAAGCGGGCGCCAGCGACAUCAGCCAAUUUGCCUUCCCUUCAGCUUUGUCUCGUCGUUUAUUGUUUAUCUUAGUCUUUACCACCCAUCCCCCGUUCCCCGUUCCCGGGAAUUUCGUUGUGCGUCUAUACUACGCUUACAGUUUGCUUGUGAAAAUCAUCGAUUUUUUUGUCGCCAUUUAGUUUUGCCGGCGAACCCUCGUCAGUUUGGGAAUAGCGCGCGCGCGCGCCGCCCGUGUUGCACCGAUUACUCUACUUUAUUUUUCUUUUCUGGAACUAAAGAGGCACCUUGCUUUUGGGGCAUCGGCAACCGGGGAUUGUUCGGGCAUCAAUAAAGCCCCCCGUCAAAACUCAAAAAAAGAAUCAAGAGGGGAAAAAAAAGACGUGCGCGAUCUCUCUUCAGAGCGUCCGCCUAUCUGCAAACAGCUGAAGGAAAUCCAGGGGUCUAUCAUCAUUGCAAAACAAAGAAUCAAUUCCAAGUUUGCACUCAAUUGCUUUGCGCAUCCGCCGCAACGUUAUACACAACCCAUAUCGAACAUCAGCACCAGCACCAGCACCAACAGCGCCUCCCGACUUUUCACACAAUCACAAAAAAAAAGUUUUGCCGCCAAAUUGUGAUCUCACACACCGGCGGCUCACGACCCCAGACGUGUUGUGGGCUACACAGGCGGCUGCAGACACAAAGUAAGACGGGCCGGGCGCUGGCUCGCCAAUCCAACGAUUCUUUUUUUUGAUCUUCAACUACAAUACAAUCAACCCAACGGACGACCGUUUUAUUAUUAUCUUGUCUUGAACCUCAAAAGUGUAUUAUCGGCCCUUUGUGUCACGGGGAGGAUACGAAGCGGAAUCCGACGACUGUCUGGGGUGCCGUUGCGCCUUGAGACAUUCCUUUGACAAGAAAGACCCCGCGGCUACAGACGUAGUCGAACAGAGCCUUUCUGCAGGACAGCUCACGGAGCCAUAUAUUUUACACCCAGGGAACAGAGCGACCGGCGAUCGAUUGCGGCUGCACCCGUCACUCUUCCCCCACCUCUGAUUGGCCCCAGGCCCCGACGGCCACAUUCGAUUCACAUCGUCUCGUAUCCAGCCGGUUUCAUCCCGCGUGAGCUGCGACCAAUUUCGGCGGAGGAGUUGGCACGGAGGGAACUUGCAGCUUCGGGCAGGUGGAAGGGAAGGAAGAGAAAGCAAAAGCAAAACGACAACGUCGAUAGGAAGCGGGUCCAUUUUCAGUUGGAGGACGGUGCAGCAACCAGACUAUUUCAAAAAGUCCUCUCGGUAUUUUCGACACCAAAGGCACCGCCCCGUCCGCCGACACCGCCGAUUCUCCACAGCGAGGUCGUCCAGCGACCAGAAGAGGGCCGGGCGCGUAGACCGGUUGACUGGCUCGCAGACGGUCGACUAGGCCGGAGAUUUUCCAGGAUAGCUGACGGAUUUCAAGGGGACGAAUCUGUGGAUUUCAACAUGGUAGACCAAAUGGUACGACCGCCGAUGAUGGAUUUGCGCCGUGGCGUGGGAUACGCCAACAACUCCAACAGGCAUAGCAUACUUUCGACGAGGUCCGCAAAGACCGUCAUGAGCUCGGCCGUCACCGAGGUCCCCAAGCCAGUGGCGUCCGCCAGUGGGCUGAGCUGCUCCAUUCUGCUCGCUGAACAGAACGUUUUUCUUUCUGGCUUCGAACACGAGGGCCACAACCGCGAAUCUUCAACCCCCGGUACCGCACUUUUGCGCGGCAAACUGGUGUUGAACGUUAACAAGAACACAAAACUCAAGUCAAUAACGCUAAAAUUAGUCGGCAAGGCGAGAACUGAGUGGCCCGAAGGCAUCCCGCCAUUGAAAGUGGAUACUUUUGAGGAGCAGUCCCUCCGGACACAGGGGCUUACCUUCUUCCAUGCCAUGCACGAUGGAUGGGAGACGGAGUUUGGCAACCAGUGUGUCUUUACCAUGAAGACGCCGACCAACCAAACUCAUGGACAUAUACUCGAGCGACUUUCUCCCAACGGAUCAAAUACAUCCGUAAACACACUUGCGAGACACAGACAAUCAACAAGCCUCACGCCUAAGGAAUUAAAGAGAUUGUCACUGCAGUCUGUGCAGUCCAGGAGUUUCGGCAAGGGCGAGUCACCACUUGCGAACCAGACGCAAUUGAAAGGUUACAAAGUGUUCACUCCGGGCACUUAUGAGUACUCCUUCGAGCUCCCUAUCGACCACCACCAGCUUGAGACCAUCAAGCUUCAGUAUGGCUCCGUCAAGUGGAACCUGGAGACUGUCAUCGAGAGAGCCGGCGCCUUCAGGGCCAAUCUCAGCGGCUCCAAGGAGGUCAGCAUCGUUAGGGUACCUGACCAGCUGUCCCUCGAAAUGAGCGAGCCAAUCUCAAUAUCACGACAGUGGGAAGACCAACUUCACUACGAUAUCAUGAUCUCCGGCAAAUCGUUCCCCAUUGGCGGCAAAAUUCCCAUCGCUUUUAAACUGACUCCACUUGCCAAGGUGCAAGUCCACAAGAUCAAGGUGUUCGUCACCGAAUCGAUCGAGUACUGGACAAACGACAAACGUGUCACCAGGAAGGACCAGGGCAGGAAGAUCCUGCUCCUGGAGAAGACUGCUGGAAAGGGAAUCGACCCGCAAUACGCAACAAGUGAGAUCAACGUUGUACGUGGCGGCGAGCUGACAGAUGAGGAACGCAUAUACGCCAGGGCGGCGGCUGAGAGGAGGAGGGCUAUGGAUGCCGCAAGGUCUCACACCAUGCCUGAACCCCUGCCGGAAUCAACAGAGAACCUGCUUGGCGAUCUCGACCUGGGCUUGGAGUCCUACUGGGCAGCAACGGAAAUGGAGAUGAACGUUCAGAUCCCGACUUGCGAGAUGAUGGCAAGAGAUCGAAGCAGGAGGUUACAUCCCGACUGCAGCUGGAAGAAUGUCAAUGUCUUCCACUGGAUCAAGAUCGUCAUGCGCAUCUCUCGCCUUGACCCCGAAGACCCAACAGGAAAACGCCGCCGCCACUUCGAGAUCAGCAUCGACUCACCAUUCACCGUGCUCAACUGCCGGGCCACUCAGGCCAACACUUCCCUCCCGCAGUACUCCGGCUCGCAGCUAUCACAAUACUGCCAAGCCACAACUUGCGGUUGCCCAGACGCCGCCGUCAUAGCGACCGAGCCGAGCCCCGCCAGCUCGACGGGCACCCUCCCCGUCGUCGAAGUCAACCCGGACUCGCCGACCGCACCGUCUCUGCCAGCCACUCCCCCAGCCGCACACCUCGCAGCUGCGAACCCAGGAAUCGGCCGCUCCGACAGCAGCGGCAGCGGCAGCAGCAGUUUCCGACCCGCGAGCUCGAUGAUCGCGAACCCGCUCCAGCGCGUGCGCAACAACGAGCUCCCGACCGCGCGUCCCAUGCACCUGAUGCGCGUGCCAUCCUUCAACCCGCCGCCGUUCGAUGCGGACCAGCCGCCGCCAGCGCUCGACGGGCUCAGCACCCCGCCGCCAAACUACGACCUAAUCAUUGGCACGCCCAGCGUCGACGGCCUGGCAGACUACUUUGCUCGUCUCGCAAACUACGAGGAUAGGGAGGCCGGCAGGUCCGACAGCGAAGACGACGAAGACGACGAAGAGGCACACACGCCUGCGAGGCUGACGGAGCGCGGAGGGCGCGUCAACGUAGCCAACCCUCGCACCCCGGGCGGGAGGAACGUCCCCAGCAGGAGUUUCGACAUCCAACGUCCCGUCAUGAACCUCAGUAUGGAUGGGGUCGUGGCCAGGGGGCAGCAGAGGGUUUAAUACUGCUUAUAGCAGAGAGAUGUUUUCUUUAUAUUUUUUUUCUUUUUGUUCGGUUCGAUCACUGUGACAUCUGAUCAGGAUGAUUAUGGGGUGGCGCUCACAUCGAAGGUUUCAAAUUUAUUAUGCUACUAAUUUUGAUGGAUUUUUGACAGGGUGGCACGAAUCUUUUUGUUGUACUAUUGCAUGAUAUUAGAGAUACCAUCGGGAAAUGUUUUGAGGCAGAGAAAUAGCAGGUUACAAACAUCGAAUGUAUACGAAAUAUUUGGAAAUGUUGCACGACAUUAAAAUUGUCUCUCACAAAUGCAGCAGCACCUCUUAGUAUCUAGGGCAGGUACCUACCUACCUACCUACCUACCUACC